AUGAGUUAUGCGAGAAUAGGAUCCCAUUUUGGGGUAAUACAACCCCUUUUCACAGACUAUUACGAACUGACAAUGUCAUAUGGUUAUUGGAAAGCUGGAAAAACUAAUGAUUUAGCAACAUUUGAAUUAUUUUUUCGUAAAAAUCCAUUCAAUGGAGAAUUUACUAUCUUUGCUGGUCUUCAAGAUUGUGUUGACUAUUUAAGUUCAUUUAAAUUCACUAAAGAAGAUAUUGACUAUUUGAAAACAAUUAUGCCGUCAACUGUAGAGCCUGAUUUCUUUGACUAUUUAUUAAAUAUUGAUGCAAAUGAAUUAUCCUUAUGGUCAGUUGAAGAAUGCUGUGUAGUAUUUCCAAAAGUGCCUAUUAUGCUGAAUUAUGCCAGUUUAAUAGCAACAAAUGCUGCACGUUUCCGCCUAGCUUGUGGUUCAAAUAUAAAACUGUAUGAAUUUGGUUUACGUCGAGCUCAAGGACCAGAUGGAGCACUUUCCGCUUCGAAAUACUCAUAUUUAGGAGGUUGUGAUGGAACAAGUAAUGUUUUAGCUGGAAAAAUUUAUGGUAUUCCAGUAGUUGGAACAAAUGCACAUUCAUUCAUUUCAGCUUUUCAAGGAAGUUGUAUGUAUGAAGAAGGAAUUAAAGAAUCAGAAAAGUUGAUCGGAAAGGCAAACGGCUUAGAUAGUUCGCAUAAUAACCUCCAAAAUUCGACUGAUCAACCAAUGAAACUAACAGAGUUUUUAAAACGUUGUUGGCAUUGGUCAGUCACUUUAUCUCAUCUACUGAAAUAUCAGUCAGAUCAAAUACAUCCAGGCGAACUGACUGCAUUUGCUAAUUUUGCUAUUGCAUUCCCUACAAAAUUUAUUGGUCUACUUGACACAUAUAAUGUAAUCAAGUCAGGUUUACCAAAUUUCUGUGCAGUUGCAUUAGCCCUUCAUGAAUAUGGUUAUCAGGCUAUCGGUGUACGUAUUGACAGUGGUGAUUUGCCAUAUUUGUCGUUAGAGUCUCGUAAAGCUUUUGCACUAAUUAGUUCAUAUUACAAGUUGCCGUGGUUUUUAAAGUUACAAAUACUUGUUAGCAAUGAUUUAAAUGAAGAUACUUUGCAUUCUAUAAAUCAGCAAGAUCAUUCUAUCGAUGCAUAUUGUGUUGGAACACAUUUAGUCACGUGUCAAAAACAACCAGCUUUAGGAUGUGUUUACAAACUUGUUGAAAUCAAUGGAACCCCGACGAUGAAACUUAGUGCAGAUUUUGAAAAAUUAACUUUACCUGGAAGGAAAACAGUGUAUCGCUUGUAUAGCAAACAAGGAGAAGCCCUACUGGAUUUGAUGAAAACAUCUCAUGAAAAAGCUCCAAAAGCAAAUGAACGUAUACUGUGCAGACAUCCAAAUCAAGCAUCUAAACGUGUAUUUGUUGUACCUGGAAGAGUUGAAGAAAUGCUUAAAUUGUAUUGGAGUUGUGGAAAAGUCGUUAGACAAUUAUUAACACUGAAUGAAGCCAGACAGCAUGGUGUACAUGAACUGGAUACUUUGAGAUCAGAUUAUAAGCGUAUUGUUAAGCCAACAUCGUAUAAAGUCUCAGUUUCAGAUGAACUGUAUCAAUUUACUCAAGAAUUAUGGCUUAGUAUGACGCCUAUUGGUGAAAUUAGUUAA